AUGACUAGACUCAAAGUAGCGGUGAGAGUGAGGCCAAUAUCAAAAAGAGAACUAGACAUAGGUUCAACGUCAGUGAUUUCUGUUGAAAAUGAGGACACUUUAGAGAUAACCAAUUUGAAGGUACCCGAACAAAAUACGGGAGACAGUCGGCAAAGAAUCAGGAGGUUCGCUUUCGAUUGCUGUUUUCGGGAUAGCUGCACGCAAGACCAAGUUUUCGAGUCGAUAGAGAAGGUGAUAAGCAAAUCGGUGAAGCAGCGAUGCCAUUCGUGCGUGUUGGCGUACGGGCAAAGCUCCACCGGCAAAACGCACACGAUGAUGGGCGUGCCUGAAGAUCCCGGCAUCACGCCGAAACUGUGCCGGCGGCUGUUCGAUUAUCUCGAAGAAGCAGCCAUCGUCGGAGACGAAGUUUUCAACACGGAUGUGACAGUCAGCUACUUGGAGAUAUACAACGAAAAAGUACGCGAUCUCCUGCAGGAUGAGCAAACAGAUGAGGAUAAAAUCAGAAGAAAGAAGUCUCCAUUGAAAGUGCGGGAACAUCCCAAAAAAGGACCGUACGUUCAAGGGCUAUCUGAGCACCCAGUGUCCAAUCCGUCGGACCUCCUGGACUGGUUGGAGAAGGGCGACAAGAAGCGCAAAGUAGCCGCCACGUUGUCCAAUCCGCGGUCGAGCCGCAGCCAUUCGGUGUUCUCGGUGAACUGCGCCGGCGUCAAAUUGAACCUGAUCGAUUUGGCGGGCAGCGAACGGGCGGCCAACAGGUGCUUCGACCUGUCCAGGUUCAAGGAGGGCGCCAACAUCAACAAGAGCCUGGUCGCUUUGGGCAACGUCAUAUCCGCCUUAGCGGAGCAAUCUACUAAACAAAAAGGUAUAAGGAGAAAAUUCGUGCCAUACAGAGAUUCCGUCCUAACAUGGCUACUAAAGGACAUUUUGGGAGGGAAUUCCAAUACUGUUAUGGUGGCAACUAUUUCUCCUUCCAGCGCCUGCUACAGUGAAACCGUCAACACUUUGCGUUUCGGGCAACGCGCCAAAAAUAUCGUCGCUAGGCCGGUAGUGAACGAAGAUCCCAAAGAAAGGACCAUCAGGGAGUUGAGAGCCGAAAUUUACAGGUUGAGAGAAGUCUUGGACAGUCUUCAGAUCUCACCCCAUACUCAAAUGAACGACAAGAUCAAUGACCUUACCGCAGAAAAUCAAGAUAAAUCCAAUACCACAUCUUCAAAUCAGUCUCAGUCUCGACUCCAGCCAGUGCCAGUCCAAAGCAAAAACCCCACAUUGGAAAAGCAAAACUCAAGGGAUAGCAUCACCAACACGGAGCAACUUUUACCGCUAAUAAACGUUACCAGUUCAGUGAAUUCCAAAAGACUCACCCAGCUCAAAAGAACUUUCAGUGUUGAUCAGCCCCUAUCAAAAAUGGACAACAAUUUCGGUUCCAACGAUUCCCUACCUUCCACCAGCACCAAAUCGAUACCAUCAACCACCCCAUCCACAGAGUCUUUGAGCUCCAGAAGGAGCAGCAUCCAGUCCUCUCUGCGAAGAAAAUCCCUUAACAAAUCCAUACCUUCCCUACCGAGAGCCACAGUCAAAAGAGGUUCCCUAGAAGCGACCGCUAAGAAAAUAGAAAAGGCAAUAUCGACAGACCAUUUACCUCAGAAAACAGUAGAGUCCAGAGUGGAUUCCAUCAGGAGAAGACCCUCAGCUAAGCCUAGGUCGCAGAUAGUUGCAGCAGUCACUAGCAGACUAUAUUCGAAGCUGAAAAACAAAGAAGUUUCGACAGACACUGACGAUAUCAACACUUACAAUCUCGAGGAAAUCGCCCCUAAGGAGCUCCAGAUCUGCGAGAACGCGAGAAACCGCCUGAAGGAGAUCACCAAGCGAGCCCUGCGAGCCCACCGAAGCCGAAACGAGGAAACCCAGACCGACCUCAAUCCCGUGAGGAGGGUCAAAGAGACCUCCACCGACGUCAGCGAUCUCAAGCUGGAACUGCUCGAAGUGAGAGAAGCUGAGACCAGCUGCGACCCGGUGCAAACGAAAGACGCGUCGGUAAGCUGCGCCUGCUUGGACAGCUGCUCCGAGGGAAAAAGUCUGUUGCUCACCAGGUCUUGUGGGACGCAGUGCGAGGAGAACAAACCGAUGUCUUUCACCAAGUAUCUUCGCGAUAUCCAGGAAGAUUUGCCUCCCAAUCCCAUCUACACCAACGCGGUGAACAUCAAGAUCUCCAACAAUUACCAUAAUGGGGAGAAAGUGUCUGGCAAGAACUUUGCUGUGCAAGUGGGUGCUCAGGAAGAGUUCAGUGGAUGUUUGGCUACGCCGGAUCUGCUCAGCAACCACAAUUCUUUGGAGCACAACCAAGCCACCAAGGAGACGCAGAAGCUGUUCCACGAAAGCAGCGAGAAAAUCGAUGAUGUGUUUGGGGUGGCGGAAGCGUUUUCUUCCCCAAGCACUUUCUCAACAGCAAAUUGUAGUGUUGUGCCGAAUUUUUCAACUAGUAACCCUUCGGUGAAGCUGACCAAGACCUAUGCCCCGGAGAUUUUGCUGAACAAGUCGUUCGAAGACGAGUAUUGUUUGCCUUUGCCUAUCUUUGAACCGAAGAAAGCUAUGCCCAAUGUACUGCACGCUGAUGAAUCGAGGUUCGAAGAGGCUGUUUUGGUGAAGGAACCUCUCAUCCUCAAGUCGAUCGUGAAGCACCAAGGUGCUGGGGAGCAAGAGGAACCAAGCGCUCUGAUGGAUUCGCUAGACUACCACAGAGCAAACAAGAAAGUCAAAUUCGUCGAGGAGCGAAAGGACGACCAGCAAAGGAUGUUCAAAGCCAUGUCCUCGUUCUUGGAGGAAGCCACCAAGAUGAUGUCGAAGCUGGAAAAGUCGACGUCGACCUCUCUCAUCGGCGACUACGACUUGGAGGUGACGUUGAACGAUAAAAGAGCUACGAGGAGACACAAAAAGAAGUCCAGGCAUCCUUCGUGCCCGGCACAUCGACCAAACGUGGAGGAGAAGUUCAUCCAGACCGCUUCGCCCCGGAAAACCACCUCUUCCACGCAGUGCGACGGCCGUUUUGGCCUGCCGCCCAACAGGUACGAGGUGGUACUAGAAGACUCCUGCAAGCGGCUGGAGGAGAAGAUCCGGUGGAUCCCGGAGGCGAGACCCAGGCCUCCACAGAGCGACUUCUGCGAGGACACCUCCUGCGGGUUCGCGGAGGACCGGCGGAGUUCCGAUCUGGAGGAGUUCAUGGGGGAGAGUCCGGUGGCGUUCUCGGACUACGGGAGUUUGCCCAGGAAGAGGUAUACCACGUGGUCGAGGUGCAGCCCCAGCGCUUACCUGAGGCAGCUCACGCACAUGAGGAGACAGAUCGUGAGGUCGUCGCGCGAGGAUUUGGAUAGCGAGGGGUUCCAGUGA